AUGGCAACGCCCCUCUCUGCCCCUCGAUCUUUGGCUUCCUGUUUCCUUCAGGAGAUUGUGAGGACUGAGACAGCUGUGACUGCCCAGAGCUUCACCAGACAGACACCCCACCCUGCAGCCGGAGUCUGCACCCUGCUCUAUGGGGACUCCCUGUGCACCAUCUGCCCUGGCAAGAGGGCUGGGGGCAGCCAGAAGGCAAUCAUCGACAGUCAACCAUGGACCAAACCGAGAGACCUGACCUAUGGCCUGAGCCGUGGUGCAGCUGAAAGCAGAAGAUCGAGAAGCAGAUUGACACAGACCCUGGAACAGAUCCUGAUCCAGUGGAUCUCGGGCCAGUGCCGCAAAGAUGUGGGUCAGCCUGAGCUGGGCCGUGACAAUUUCCAGAACUGGCUCAAAGAUGCACGACAUCUGGUGCUCCCAGGGAAGAACCUGGCAUGUGUGCAGCGGACGCUCAUGAACCUGGGUGGGCUGGCUGUAGCCCGGAAUGACGGCCUCUUCUCUGGGGACCCUAACUGGUUCCCCAAGAAAUCCAAGGAGAACCCCCGGAACUUCUCAGCCAGCCAGCUUCAGGAGGGCAAGAAUGUGAUCGGUUUACAGAUGGGCUCCAAUCUUGAGACCUUGGAGGGUCUGGCAGAGGCCCAAAGAGGCAGGAACAGAGCUGGGCAGGAAGGCCUGGAGGGAGUGGCUGAGACAGGAACACCUCCACAAAGGCCCAAGUUUAGUCCUUUAGCUAGGAGGCAGAUUCCAGAGACGUGCACUGUGGUUGCUGAGGAAAUGCAGCAUUGUCCUCAGAGGCUUCCAGAAACUUCCCCUCCCAAGGUCAGUCUGGAGGCAGGGGACUUCUGCCCCUGUUUGCUGCUGCGUUGCCAAGGGAACCAGGCCCUGUCAUUUCCUGCCUUCUUGGCCUUAUCUCAGCCUCCGCCCAACAGUCCCAAAUCCACGGGUGUGGGGCGGGGCCACCUCCGGGACUCGGGAGCUGAGACCCCUGAGCUGCAAAGCCCACCCCGUGUCCUCAGCUCGACCUCAACGGUUUCUAGCAGGUCCAAGAACAAGCCUCGCUACCGCACCAAAGCCCAGAGCUCUGAGGUGGAUGAGAGCCUGUUUGGAGGUGUUAAGCCCAUGGCCCAGACCAGCAGUCCUAUAGUGCUACUCAGAGACCGGAAGAUCACCAGAGACCCUGUCCCCAUGCGGAGCCACAAGCCGGAGACUAUUCAGCUCAUCACCAGUGACCUGGUGCGGGAGCUCAUUGUCCCCACUAAGGACCCUUCUGGCGAGUCCCUGAUCAUCAGCCCUGAGGAGUUUGAGCGCAUCAAGUGGGCGUCCCACGUGCAGACAUCCGAGGAGCGGGAGGCCCAGGAGCAGGAGCAACAGCAGGAGAAGGACCGCAUGCUGGAUGCAGUGGCCAUGCGGAAGAAGAUGAUGAAGCAGAGGGAGCUGAUUUGGAGGAACAGCAAGAAGCUGAGUGUCCUGGAGGAGGAGGCCCAGGAGCGGGCGCAGAGCCUUCUGCGGAGGGCAGGGCAGCAACGCAUGGAGCAGGAGGAGGAGCUCAGGGAGAUGAGCAAGAUCAUCCUAAAUGCCAAGUGUCAUGCCAUCCGGGAUGCCCAGAUCUUGGAGAAGCAGCAGAUACAGAGGGAGCUGGAAGCAGAGGAGAAGAGGCUGGACCAGAUGAUGGAGGUGGAGCGGCAGAGGUCACUGCAGCGGGAGGAAGAGAUAUUGCUGCAGCGCCGGGAGGAGAGGCUCCGGAGCCAGCGGCAUAUUGUGGAGCAAAUAGAGCGACGUCGGGAGGAACGAGCACUGCUGGGAGAGCAGCAGGAGCAGGAGAAGGAGCAGCUACUGGUGCAGAUGGACCAGCUGCUGGCCGAGGACCUCAGGGACCUGGAGCUCAGGAGGCAGCAGAAGCAGCAGCUUCAAGCUGAGAUCAGGCGGGUCAAUGAAGAGAAUCAGCAGCAGAAGGCACAGCUGCAGGCGCAGGAGAGGCUGGCGGAUGAGAUGGUGCUGGAGUUCGCCAGGAAGAAGAUGGCUCGGGAAGCGGAGCUGGAGAAGGAACAGCAAAGAAUCCGCAAGGACAAGGAGAAGGAGAUUGCGCUCCUGAGUGCUCUGCAUGAGAAAGCCCAGGACUACCGAGCCGAGCAGGAUGCCCUAAGGGCCAAGCGCAACCAGGAGGUGGCUGACCGCGAGUGGCGACGGAAGGAGAAGGAGAAGGCACAGAGGAAGCUGCAGACAGAGACGCAGCUACGCCAGUGCCGAAUGGACCAGAUGGCAGCCAAAGAGCACGAGCGGGCUGUGCAGAUACAGCGGGAUCAGGCCGAGUUCCAGAAGAUUCUCCGGGCGCAGCAGGAGCAGAUGGCGCAGGAACGGCGGGAGGAAGAGCAGAGGGCUGCGGGCCGAUUGCAGCACGCCAGUGAGAUCCGCAGCCAGGUGCGGGAGCGACAGCAGCGGCAGGUGCAGGAGCGCGUGGACACUUUUGAGGAGGGCCGGCGGCUGCAGGAAGAGGCCCAGCGCCGAAGCCAGCACAUAGCUGACAUCAAGAGGCAGAAGCUGGAGGAGCUGAGAGCUACAGGCCUCCCUGAAAAGUACUGCAUGGAGGCCCAGCGCAAGGCUAAGGUCUUGGCCGCCCCGUCCUGAGUCUCCCUGCAUGGCCAAUUUAAUAAAUCCCUUUGACUUUC